GGUCGCCUGCUCGCCGUGUCGUCCCGCGAUCCUCCCGCCCUCGGCGGGUUCGGGUCUCUGUGCCGUUGUGCCCGCUCCAGCCCGUUUCUUCCUCCGGGAAUGGGGCGCCGAGCCGGGCCGCUGCCGCAGACCCCUCUGUUGGCCCGCGGGCAGCGGCUGUCGGUGUUGAAACACACAGGCUGCAGCCAAAGAUGUCCCCGUCUGCAGUAUCAGGCCCUGCACAUCUCUUUAGGCUUGCUGGCAAGUGUUUCAGUUUUAUGGAAUCCACGUACAAGUAUGAGUUCUGUCCAUUCCAUAAUGUCACUCAGCAUGAGCAGACUUUUCGAUGGAAUGCCUAUAGUGGGAUUUUAGGAAUCUGGCAUGAAUGGGAAAUUGACAACAACACAUUUAUUGGAAUGUGGAUGAGGGAAGGAGACUCCUGUGAAACCAAGAGCAGACAGACAAAGGUUCAUCUUGUUUGUGGAAAGAGCAAUAAAUUGGCAUAUGUGUCUGAGCCAAGUACUUGUGUUUACUCUUUGACAUUUGAGACUCCUCUCGUGUGCCAUCCCCACUCACUUUUAGUUUAUCCAACUCUGACUGAAGCACUGCAGAGGAAGUGGGAUGAAGCAGAGCAGCUUCUGUACGAUGGACUAAUAACUGACCAGGGUUACAAAAAAACUCUGAAAGAGAUUUUUGAGGAAGCAGGACUUCUAAAAGCAACAGAAGAAAAUGAAGUUGAAAAACAUAGUAAGAAAAUAACUCUGGAAUUUGAAACAAUGGAAAAAUGCAGUAAGGAAUACAAGCAACUUUCUGAAGAAAUAAAGAAACUUAGAGUUUUAUUAGGUCAGCAUGGUAUUGCAUACAAAGGAAAUUCUGCUGGAAAUACCGGUGCUGAGUAUGUAAGUCACCAACUGGCAUCUGCAUCGAUGGCAUCAGUUCUUAAUGGGUCAAAGGAUGAUAAGCACCUGCAUGGCAAUACAGGAAUUUGGAAUUACACUGUAUGAAGAAACUUGGGUGGUACAGAAUAUAAAUUAAACUCAGUGUGUAUUAUGCAAAAAAGAUGA